UACAGGAGCUUUGAGCUUUGAUUUAUUCCAUUCUGUCAUUUUUAAAUACUCAAAAAUAUAUUAAAAAUGUCAAAUCUCAAAAGUUACCGCUCUUGUUUUGUACCAUUAUGUACAAAUACUACAAAGAAAACUCCUGAAAAAAUGUUUUUAAAUGUUCCUCAAGACGAGAAACGUCGAAAAAAAUGGUUUCAAGCAGCGCUUCGAGAUAAUCCUAAAACAAAAUCGAACUUUUUUUGUUGUGAAGAUCACUUUGAUCUAAAGGAUGAUAUGGAAAAUUAUAUAUACUACACAACAAUGGGAGGUAAAGCCAAAAUUAAAAUUGAUGUGGUACCACACAAGUUCGAAUGUCAACCAAAUCGUAAACGACAGGGGACUUCAAUGAUUCUUAGAUCAGCUGCAGAAAAAAGACGAAGACAACAAAUAGUUCAAGACAUUUUAAGUGAAUCUUCGGACAAUGUGGAAAUUGGUAAUCCUCAAGAACCAAACUUUGAUGCCGUAUCAGUCGACACUUCUAAUAGUUGUACUGUUGCUGUUCAAGUGAAUAAACGUUCUAAAUAUCCUAAUGUGUCAGUUCAAUGUAAACUUCCAUCAAUCGGUGUAGAUAAAUCCUGCUCACCAAGUAAAACUGGCAGCAUUAGUACUGCAACAUCUCCAAUUAAACCAUUACGUCAGAAAUUAAUUUUCAUAAUUACUCAAAGAUGUUCAGAAGAGUUUAUCAUCUAGUAGUUUUACAACACAUUUGAAUAGUUCUCAAGAAAUUUAUGAAGCUUCAGAAAAUACCAGCUCGAGUACUAUAAAUUCUAGCUUACAGUCUCCUGUAAAAAAAGCUGAAAUCCUAAAAGUUACAAAUUGCUUAAUUAAUGACAAUUUAAAAGCCUAUAUUGGAGUCCCUCAAGAAUGGAAUGUGAUGUUAGAACAUCUUAGUGUUAUAUCUAAUAUCAAUAUUACCAAUAUAAAAUUAUCUUUCAUUAAAAUACGACGCCAAGAUAGCUUUGAAAGAUUGAGUGAACAGUUUGGAAUGAGUGUCAGCAAUGCUAGUAUUAUUUUUAAUAAAACAGUUCCUAUAUUGGCACAUUUCUACAAAAAGCUUGUUUACAUGCCUGAGCUUAAUAACAUAAAAAGAAUACUACCAAUACCAUUUAGAACUUCAUAUAGUCAUGUGAUAGCUAUUAUUGAUGCAUUCAAGAUAGAAAUU